ACGAAAUCGAGCGCCCUGCGCACAUUGCAAGAUAACCAUUGGAUCCAUCUUGCCUGCCACGGGACACAAAACUUUGCGGAACCCUUCAAGUCGGCAUUUCCCAUGCGCGACCAACCACUUGAACUUCUAGAUAUCAGUCACAUGGAUCUGUCUCGGCACGAAUUUGCAUUUCUUUCUGCUUGUCAGACCGCAGUCGGUGACUUGAAACCUCCUGACGAAGCCAUUUACUUGGCGGCUGGCCUACAAUUUUCCGGGGUGACACCUGUCAUUGGUACAUUUUGGAAUGUCAACGACAGCACAGUGCAUCACUUAGUCGAGGAAUUUCACAAGAAUUUUUGUGGGGAUGACAACAUGAAUUCCAAAAGAUGGCACAAAGCAGUCCAGUCGUUGAAAGACGUGCCCUUGGAUCAGCGCAUCAUGUUCAUGCAUAUCGGCUUAUGA